GGAGUGUGAGUGAGGAGGUGGGGGGGGAUUUUUUUUUUCUUCUCGCGCAGCUGCUCGAGGAAGAUUGAACUCGGAUUAGAGAGGAAACAGCCUCCGCUCGACCGGCCUGAGGAGUGAAAACAGUGGGGAAUAAAGAAGAAAAGGAACUGCACUGAGCCGAGGGGCGGACACGUCGACCUGCAGAAAGAGAAAGAAGGAAAGGAAGGAAGGAGUUGAGAGAAGAGAGGAUAGAAGAGAGGAGAGGAGAGCGAAUGUUUGUUCUUCGGGCUGACAGCGGCGGAGUUUUCCCACUCAGACUCGGUGAGGCCGACCCCUAAGGAGGAAGAUUGAUAUGAAAGCUUGAGAGACUUAGCACCAGACAUGGGGACAAUGGCUCUUGUGCCUGAUGGCAUAGGCCGACAGCCGGGCUGUCAGCGUGGAUUGCUCUAGGUGACGAGAAUGCUCAUGACGAAGCAGGUAGCAAGGAAGAGACGGUGGCAUUGAGGAAGACUGAACUACCCUGAUCGUCCUCGUGCCACAGCAUGUUGCGUUUAGUUUCGCUGAAGUUUGCCCGCGUCUACCGGUGUGGCAAAUUCCUCUUCAUCGUGGCUCUGUUCGUCAUCCUGCUCAUGAACACCCACAAUCUUUUCGCCUCCUUCCAAAGGAACGAGCUCACGGACCGCCGCUUCAUCGGCCUCAACAAGUGCCCAGCCUGCUUCGGGACCAGCUGGUGCCGCAAGUUCAUGAACGGCCAAGUCACUUUCGAGACCUGGGGCCGGCUGCGAUUCCUGGACUUCUUCAACGUGAAAAACGUCUAUUUCGGCCAGUACGGAGAGCCCCGGGAAGGGACCCGGCGCGUGGUGCUCAAGCGCCUGGGCUCCAACCAGGAGCUUGCAGAGAUCGAUCAGAAAAUAUGCAAAAGAGCCACAGGAAGGCCUCGCUGUGACCUCAUCCAGGGCAUGUACAAAACUGAGUUUGCUCGACUUAAUGGCAACGUGAGGUUGCUGACCCCAGAGGUGGUUGAGGGUUGGUCGGACUUGGUGCACUGCCCCUCCCAGAGGCUUCUGGACAGGGUGGUAAGGAGGUAUGCAGAGACCAAGGACUCCGGAAGCUUCCUCUUGAAGAAUCUUAAGGACACUGAGAGGAUGCAGCUACUCAUGACGUUGGCGUUCAACCCGGAGCCUCUGGUCCUGCAGAGCUUCCCCUCAGAUGAGGGCUGGCCGUUUGCCAAGUACCUGGGGGCGUGCGGGCGCAUGGUGGCUGUGAACUACGUAGGUGAGGAGCUGUGGAGCUUCUACAACGCGCCGUGGGAGAAGCGAGUGGACCUGGCCAAGCAGCUGAUGGACAUCGCCGAGCAGCUCACCAACAACGACUUCGACUUCGCCCUCUACCUGCUGGACGUCAGCUUCGACAACUUCGCCGUCGGACCCCGGGACGGAAAAGUGAUUGUCGUGGAUGCGGAGAAUGUCAUCGUGGCAGACAAGAGGCUCAUAAAGCAAAAUAAGCCGGAGAACUAUGACGUGUGGUACGAGAGCCGCUCCGAAGAGUGCGACAAAGAGGCCUGUCUGUCUUUCUCCAAGGACAUACUGUGUUCGCGGGUCACCGUGGACCACAACUACUACGCCAUCUGCCAGAACCUGCUUUCCCGCGUCGCUACGUGGCGCGGCACUACGGGGGGCCUCCUGCAUGACCCCCCUGCCGACGUGGCCCGGGACGGGCACCUCGCGUCGCUGCUGGACGAGUGCACCAAGCCUCAGAAGCGCUUCGGCCGCUUCCAGGCAGCUAAGGAACUGCGAGAGUACCUCACGCAGCUAACAGAGCAAGCGAAUGCUAAAAGGUAGUACACGCUGAAGAGGGGGGGUGCUGGACUUCCCCUCUCUUUCUGAUACAAACUGGGCCUAGUAAAGCAGCAGCAGGCACUGGAAUAUUCUGUUAGAGGUAUUCUUUAUACUUGUUUUUGUUCUGUUUUUCUUUUACACCCAAAACGAAAUGGCGUUUCUGCCUAUCGGACACGUUUCUAGCUUUGAAAGAGGCCUUGUCUGAGGCUAAUUAAAGGAGUUUGCACAUGGACUUGGAUGAGAGGGCCGGGUGAGGAUUCACAGACUAUAAGCAGGGAAGCUGUAUGUGCGAGUGCGUGUAUGUGUGUCUGUGAUGCUGCUGAGCCGAUGCUAAUGCAGAAGCCUUGUUAGCAGUAAUGGGCAUGAUGCGAGUGGGCUUCAGUCAGCCCGUCUGGGCUCUGAUCAGGAUCCUCUAAUGAGGUUUAUGUUUAAUUUAUCGAGCCUCGUGCAGCAAAAUGACCCAAAAGCAGCAGCUAUGUUCAAGUUACACAUUUUUAGUUUUGUUUUUGUUGUUUUUUUGUUAUUGUGUUUUGUUAUUGUGAGAUUUCUUAUCCCUUUGUAGGAAAAAAAACCCUUGUUGAGUAUUGAAAGGACCUUCAGUAGGAUGUUUUGUCACUUUGCUAAUACUGUAACAGCAGAUUUCUCCUUAAAUGAAAUGAUCAGUAGUAUUUGGAUAACGGGCCUUGUGUGCAUAGGAAUAUAAAAUAUGAAAAUGUGCAUAGGAGAACACAUUAGGGCAAAAUUGCAAAGUAUGCAAGAACGGAUACCAAAGAAUACACUGCAAAAAAAAUGACGGCAAGUGAAAUCAACUUAAAUCUAGUCGAUAUAUGUGGUUUUCUCAUUUUGAGAUUGUUCAAAGACUAUUAUAAGACUAUUAUAACUGUUUUCUAUACAUUUUUCCAUGUUUUAGUUGUAUUUAAUUUUCCCGCCUAAUUAAUUUUAUAUGACCAAAUUCCAGCCUUGCUUUAUCCCUUAUAAUUAAACAGGCUGUUUUUGUUACUGUGCCCAUAGGACUGAAAUAUGUAAAUAAGCUCUGUUCUGAUAGGCUAUAGGCUGGAUAGGUGGAUAUAUGUAAAGUUGGUUUUGUGACAUAAAUGGGCCCGUUUUGUCUAUAGUCUUUUCAUAUCAAAUUGCCUUAUUGCAUGUUGUACUUUGUUUGCUUAAGGUAUUAUUUCUCAAAACAAGCCAAAUUGUCCGCCAAUAGAACAAGACAAUUUCUCUAGAUAGACCUAAAACAAGUAACAACAACUAUAAAUAAGGUGAAUAAUCUUAUAAAACUCUCUUAGCAGUCUCUAAAUGAGAGGCAUAGACAUACUGAGUAGGUUUAAGAUGAUUUCACUGCCCAAGUUCUAGUUUUCCACAGUGUACUAUCUUCAUGAUUCAGUUUUCUUUCUCUUUCUUUUUUGUAAUUCUGGCCAAGAUCGGUCAAAAGCUAAGCACAGCCCUUUUUCCAGACUGCUUUUCACAUUAUGUUCUCAGCAUACUAGUGUUUUAGCCCCUUUUGUUUUGGACCAAUACAGUUGAAAUGUUCAUGUGUGGGCUCUCCUAGUUUAAUUUGUCAAGUCGCACUUGCACUACCAAAACAAGCAUCGCGUUUACAGAAACAAAUUGCACUACAUGUCAACGACUGUCAAUCCUUUCAUUACUGUCUCCCUCAGAAACUUCAGAUGCAUCGUGACUCUGUUUUUAUUUUUGCCCUAGAAACAUGUGAAACGUUAAUUUUGUGGGCAGCAAUUUUUGGAUUCAUAGCUAGGCAGUUCAAUCUGUUUCGUCAUUCGUGCUCUUGUGCGUUGUUUUUUGAGACUUCUUUUCCCCCGUCAGGUUGUGUUUUUAGUGGAACACCUUCGUUCUUCGUUUAUUUUUUCGACAUGGUUCGGUCUUUUGUCGCUUUCAUUUGAGGCUACUCAGUAGUCUGGUCUUACUGUGCCUUCCAGUCUGAAAGUUGUAUUUACAACUGGGUAAGAACUUCAAAAUAUUAAAGUAUAUCUAUAUUUACCUG